ACGAAUUUCAGAACAUCCAACUAUUCUAAUACUAUUUAUUCAAAUUGACUUUAUCAUAAUUGGAUAGCGUUCUGCAUCAGUCGUCCAAGCGCCAAAUUGACUUUUUCUCAAAACAACUUUGACACAUGACUUAUGCGCAAGAUAGGUUUGGUAUUCCUCAAUUAUCUCCAUUCUUCGAGAAAAGAACCACUACGUACCUAUAUCAUGCAUAUCUGGCGUUGUGCCGUCGUGAAUGACUUGAAGUAUCAGUUUUCCACCCGCUUUUAGGAGUUCUGCAGUGUCUCAGUCAUUGCUUGGUCUUAUGUUGUUAAGCUGUUUGACAGCCAAAUAAUUAAUCUUGUAUUGGCUGACGUCUGGAAUCCUCGGUAUAGUGUAGGGUCAAUUUUCUCUGGGCAUCUUUAGCCAAAUUUUAACUGGCUUCCGUAUUGAGGCUGAUAGCUGUCUACUUAAUCUCUCUCAAAAUCGCAGGUUUAAAAGAAAUGAAACUAAUGCUCUUAACUUUUAGUCGCGUCAGGCCAAUAGACAGCUUUCUCACAAACAUAUUUUUUAGUCUUUGUUUUGAUUGAUUGUCUUUAAUAUAUUUGGUAUUAAAAUCUCGCAGAUUGCUCUGCUAUGAUGUAGAGAUUAGUCUACAAUCUGACGGCAAGCAGGCAUGUUUGCUGAAGACUGCACCAUCGUUUAUCGUCUUUCUUUCAUGAGCUCGAGAGUAUAGUAUGAGAUGAAGACAGCAAAAAUGGUAAAAGAUUACUUAACGAACACCCAGAGGUGGUAGACUGAAGGUUUAUAGGAAACACACAUACUAUAUUUAUUAAUUUCAUAAUUAAUUCUAAUAUUACAAUAAGUUUUAUUCAUUACACAGUAGAUCUUUUUUAAUUCCGUUAAAAUUUUGCAUUUGAGUGCAAUUAAAUCCAAAAUUAUUAAUAAUUGUAAUUAUUGUAAAGACAUUUUUAUACUAGAAUGACAAACUUAUUCAAGUGGGAGGCUUAGGCUUCCGAUCUAUAUAUCUCUUACAAUCCUGACACAUAUCUCUAGUUUUUUGCAUACAUUAAUUGAAUAACAGAUAGCAAGUUUUUUGCGAUUUAAUUAUGCAUUACUAGUCCACGCGCCAAAAAUGUGACUUGGAUUAGUGAUGCAAAACAAAAUAUCGUGAUUUGCAGUGAGUCCAAGUACAUUUUAGGCUAUAUCUUCUAUAAGAACGAAUCUUUUAAAUAUAUUAUUACACAUAAAAUUAAACAAUAAAUAAAGAAUUCAUAUAAUAUGAUUACUUUUUGUAAAGUAGUAGGUAAAUAUGGAGCUUCUCCCACAAAAAACGCGAAACUUUAAUUUCCCAAAAAAGUGAUUUUGGCGCUUGGAUUAUUGAUGCAGAACGCUAUCCAAUUUAUCUUAUCAUGUAAGUAAAAUAUGAGCACUCUGAUUAUAAGCUAUUUCCAAAUAAGAGAUGUUUUCUUAACUUAAGAAAAGGAAGAUAGUGAGAAUGGUACCAAUUUGUACUGUCAUAUUCUUAUCUUGUUCAAAUCUUGAAGACUAUGUAAAUGCCACUCCAUUAGAAACGAUUAUGUAAGUAAGGAAUACAUAAUUUCCUGCUGCAAUCUUAAUGAAACCAAGACUAAUAUAAAACAUCAAAGUAUCACAGUCAAAAGUUUAACAAGGCAAUAUUUUCAACGAACAGAAAUGAGUGACAACAGUGAAGCAUCUAUAAUAUCAGAUCAAGAUGCUAUUACAAUCUUUAAGAAAUGUAAAGAUGUUAAUGAAGAUGCUGUUUUUAAAAAUUAUAGUCUGCACAGGGCGAGUGAGAAGAUGUUAGGAUUCCAGUCAGAUUAUUGGAAACUUGAAAUACAAUUUACUGUUAAAAAACAAAUUCAGUUCAUCAGUUUUUUCAUAAAAUCAAUAUCUCAAUCCAAUGCAUCCAAAGCUAAAAUGGUAAAGGAAAUGAAACUCUUCGACAAAGAAUUAACAUUUUACGUCGACAUCAGAAACAAAAUUAAUUUAGCGGACUUAGCUCCGUGGUGUGCUAACCUUGUGAUGACUCUCAAUGAAGCAAUGGUUUUUGAAGACUUAAAUUUUCUUCAAUAUAGGAUUCGAAAUAGACACGAAACGUUUGACCAAAAACAUACCUUAUUAGCUUUACAAGCAUUAGCUCGAUUUCAUGCUGGAUCAUUAAUUUAUGAAGAGAAGAAACGUAAACAGUUAAAAAAACACUUCAUUAUAAAUGACGAACAUAAAGACGAUCUUAACCGAGGUUAUUACAUAAAAUCAGAUCCAUGGUUUAUACAAUGCAGGAACGGUGCAUUAGAAGCUAUUAAAUCCUUCUCUAAAUACAAUAACAAUUUCCAUAUUCUUAAAGAGAUAGAAAAUAGAUGGACCGAGGUCUGGGACUCGGCACUCGACCUUAGCCAUUUCUCAUUUGAGUAUCGUAAUGUGAUUUGCCAUCGUGAUUUAUGGAAUAAUAAUAUUUUCUUUCGUUAUAAAGAAGAAAUACCUGAUAAUUGCGUGCUGGUCGAUUUCCAAGAUGUAACAUGUCAACCUCCUGCAGGUGAUGUCAUGUUACUUCUACACUGCAACUUAGAUCCUGUAUUCCGUGAAGAGAAUAUGACAACAUUUUUGAAGUACUAUUAUCGAGAAUUGCAAGAUAUACUGGGUUCUAACGACGUAACAAUCGAAGAUAUUCUGUCACUAGAACAAUUUCAGAAUUCCUGUAGGAAGUAUAAAUUGUGGGGUCUAGUUGCCGCUGCAUGUCUAGUACCAACGUUUUGGGUAGACGAUGAUCUUACAAUAAAAUAUUUUAGCGAUACCGAUAGCUUUGGAGAAAUACUCACCAAAGACAAAGGAUCAUUUAUUAGGAAAAUGAUGGGAACUAAUGAUGAUUAUAAAAAUAAGGUUAUGCAGAAAUGUAAAGAAGUUAAUGAAGAUGCUGUUUUUAAAAAUUAUAGCCUUCAUAAGGCUAGUGAGAAGAUGUUAGGAUUCCUGGCGGAUUACUGGAAACUUGAAAUACAAUUUACUGCUAACAAACAAAUUCAGUCCAUCAGUUUUUUCAUAAAAUCGAUAUCUCAAUCUAAUGCAUCCAAAGCUAAAGCCGUGAAGGAGUUGAAACUCUUCGACAAAGAAUUAACAUUUUACGUUGACAUCAGAGACAAAAUUAAUUUAACGGACUUAGCUCCGUGGAGUGCUAACCUUGUGAUGAGUCUCAAUGAAGCAAUGGUUUUUGAGGACUUAAAUUUUCUUCAAUAUAGUAUUCGAAAUAAACACGAAACUUUUGACCACCAACAUACCUUACUAGCUUUACAAGCAUUAGCUCGAUUUCAUGCUGGAUCAUUAAUUUAUGAAGAGAAGAAACGUAAACAGUUAAAAAAACACUUCAUUAUAAAUGACGAACAUAAAGACGAUCUUAACCGAGGUGCUUACAUAAAAUCAGAUCUAGGGUUUAUACAAUGCAUGAAUGGUGCAUUAGAAGCUAUUAAAUCCUUCUCUAAAUACAAUAACAAUUUACAUAUUCUUAAAGAGAUAGAAAAUAGAUGGACCGAGGUCUGGGACUCAGCACUCGACCUUAGUCAUUUCUCAUUUGAGUAUCGUAAUGUGAUUUGCCAUCGUGAUUUAUGGAAUAAUAAUAUUUUGUUUCGUUAUAAAGAAGAAAUACCUGAUAAUUGCGUGCUGGUCGAUUUCCAAGCUGUAACAUGUCAACCUCCUGCAGGUGAUGUCAUGUUCCUUCUACACUGCAACUUAGAUCCUGUAUUCCGUGAAGAGAAUAUGACAACAUUUUUGAAGUACUAUUAUCGAGAAUUGCAAGAUAUCCUGGGUUCUAACGACGUAACAAUCGAAGAUAUUCUGUCACUAGAACAAUUUCAGAAUUCCUGUAAGAAGUAUAAAUUGUGGGGUCUAGUUGCCGCUGCAUGUCUAGUACCAACGUUUUGGGUAGACGAUGAUCUUACAAUUAAAUAUUUUAGCGAUACCGAUAGCUUUGGAGAAAUACUCACCAAAGACAAAGGAUCAUUUAUUAGGAAAAUGAUGGGAACUAAUGAUGAUUAUAAAAAUAAGGUUAUGCAGGUAUUUGAAGAGAUUGUCGAUAUUUAUUGUCUUGGUAAAAAAUCACUGUAACAAAUUCGCUUUUACUAUUUUUAUAAGCUGUUAAUUUUAGAGGAUAUUAAAAAAUCAAACUGU